GGAAUUAUAAAUGGAAGUUCAGCUCUCUUUAAUCCUGCUGUGGAAUUUGACAGAAGCAAAAGGAACCGGCGCAGCACUUCCCGGUGAAGAGGCGUGGCAUCGCAAGGGAUUUGAAUUUCAGAACAAGAGAAAGAAAAACAGGAGGACGUAAAACGACUGAACACGGCCACCUGCCAAGUCCUGAAAAGCCUGUUGGAGCUGGAAACAGGGCGCGCCCGGGCGGUCACAGAGCGAAGUGCCGAGGCAGCGUGGGACCGGGACUGGGACUGGCGGGGCGACAGACAGACAGACAGACAGACGAAGAGGAGGAGGAGGAGGGCAGCCCCUGAAGAUUCAGACCUUGCGCGUCCCUCGUAUCUCGGCAGAGGACUUCGGGGCUUCUUUGUGCUUUUAUGUCCCUGAGGAUCAGAGGACACGCGAGGAGAAAGCAUGGGCCUCAACCAGGUGACCCUGCUACAGCCUGAUGACAAGCUUGACACCGUCUUUGAGGUGUUUGCUCAAGCUGUACUUCAUGCUUCCGAUAAGCUGAAGGACUACCUGGGCUUCAAUGAUCCCGAGCAGAAGCUGCACAUCAGCACCAGGACCAUGAGUACUGUCUUCUUGAUGAACUUCAUCAAGUUCUGUAAGGAGAAAGGCGUGGAGGAGUGCAUUUCCACCUGCAUUAUGAGCCGGCAGCAGGAGCUGACCAUGGGUGUGGACUGGAUCUGGACACUGAGUGGCGUCACCACCAACGUGCGGUUUCAAAUUGCAGUUCAGGCCAUACAGCUCACUGGCACUCACCAGCCAACGGAAAUGGAUGAGGACCCUUAUGAGAAACGUCUCGAAAGGUCCAUUUUGGAUCUGGAUCUGAGCCAGACCACUCGAUUAGAGAAGCUGCUGGACUUUUGCUCUUCCAUUGGUGGGAACUGUCUAGGGCUGUGCAUAGUGUAUGGGGUACCGGGGAGGCCCAGGGACAUUCGAGGGGUGCUCACCAAACACCUGGGGGCCAUCACUGAGAAGGGGGCCUCACUGACCGAGGCCACAGUCUUGCACUACCUGGAGACCACAGAAUCUUUUAUAAGCACCAAAGAGAUGAUCGAGAAGCACCUGUACCGGCAGAGGGGUGCUGUGGACAACCAGCCCGUCUACAUCCAAUUUCUUUGAGAGGAGUUGUGAGCUUACAGAGGCAGAGAAUCCCAACUGAUAACUCCAAAGAGACUCACAUAUUGACAAGUAAAAAACCUUGCAUUUAUAUGUACACAGAUGGGCAACGCGGCCCAGUCGCUACAGCACUGGACCUCAUAGCACAAAGCUGAUCGUUCAGUCCGUGUCUCUGUGACCCUGCGUGAAGACGCUGUCAAAAAAAGAAAAUUCUCAAA